UCUGGUAUAUAUUGUGUUAUUGGCGACUCGUUCAGGACACUUGACAACAUUGACGGGGAUAGAGUCACGUUGCUUGAACAUUGACAGGAUUACAUUGAACAUAGCAGGAAAGAGUGAAAACUAAAAAUGGCGAUGCCCACCCUGAAGUGCGUUGUGAUCGGCGACGGAGCCGUGGGGAAGACCUGCAUGCUGUAUUCCUAUACGACAAAUACCUUCCCCCAGGAAUACGUGCCCACGGUGUUUGACAACUACGCCGUGACAGUGAUUAUCGGGGGCGAGCCCUACACGCUGGGUCUGUUCGACACAGCGGGACAGGAGGAUUACGACCGACUCCGCCCACUCAGUUACACGAACACAGAUGUGUUUCUACUCUGCUUCUCAGUUGUCUCCCCUUCGUCAUACGCAAACAUCAAAGAAAAGUGGAUCCCCGAUAUAAUGCACCAUUCUAGGAACACACCGUUUCUUAUCGUUGGGACAAAGGUAGAUCUCCGAGAUGACCUGGAGACCAUUAACAAACUUGCUAAGAGGAAGGAACGGCCCAUCACCGCGGAACAAGGGAAACAACUCGCAAAGAACGUGAAGGCUGCCCAAUACGUCGAGUGCUCUGCCCUUACACAGCGUGGACUGAAGAAUGUUUUUGACGAGGCCAUCCUGACAGCCUUGGACCCACCUAAACUCAAACCUUCCGGCAGAAAAUGUGUCAUUCUGUGAAUAUUCUACACAUGGAUAGGUUUUGCUGUACGGAGUUCUCAUGGAUGAAUGGUAGACGCUGAGAAACACUCGGAUCUCAUAGCACAUGGAUCAGUACUCAUGACCUUUGUGGACAGCAACAGUUGAACGGUGAAACUUAUCGUCAUACUGUUAUCUUCUUGUUAUAUAUCAAGUUCAACAACACAAGCUGUACAAGAGCAUCACGAACUUCAAUUGUC